GACUCUCGCGGUACUGCUGCACGAAGAUGGCGGCCGAACUGGUGGAAGCGAUGGCAAGUAGAGCUUGGCUAGCUUUGAUUUGGUGGGGGACGGACGCGGGAGUGUGGGUCGAUACCCAGCCCGGCCGUGGGGAAAACUCGGGGCAUUGUAUGAAAAUGGUUAAGGGUUUUUCCUCUUAUAAAUGUACCGUUUUACAUUCACGACGAAACAAACUAGCCUGUGCUGCUAACCUAGCUAGCAUGCUAGGCAGUGUUCUCCAGCAAGUGCGUUGGUUCAGCUAGCAUCUCGCAGGCUCCAAAGGGAGACACACCGACAAUGAAUGAUGUGUCUAUGAAAACAGCCCCGGCUCUGAAUGCUGCACGUUUCCCAUUCAUCGUUUCUUUGACUUCUUGAUGAACAUUCAUGCCUGUAUGUUUGUGGUGGGUUAGUUUUGGGAGCUGUGCACCUGUCAAAAUGACCUGAAGCGGUGAUUGAAUACCGACAACCCGGUUUGUGGAUAGAGAGGCUCGGCUGGGGGACACUGUUAAUGUUUAUAAAAUGAAAAGUUUCUGACACUCUUAUGUCAACAACAUCCACCAGAAGCCAACUUUAGAGUCACAUGGUUGUUGAAAUGUAGCAGUUUGUCUCUUAGCACCAAUGUCAACAACGUGAAUCAACUCAAAUGUUUAUAGAGUACAGCUCAGACCUGACCAUGUUUGAGUCAAGUUUGAGUUUUCUAGAAUAUUACUGCUGUCUUUUAAACAUCCUUAUGUGGUCAGGUUUUGUGGCCUGACCUUUGAUAACAGACGUACUUUACAGGAGUACAACUACUAUAUACUGACAAGUCAUAAUAUUAUGAUUGUCAGAAUGAUACAAUAGAAUCCAAUACAACAGCUCUCUACCAUAAAUUCUGCUUUCAGAAAGCUUUCAUGAUUAGACAGGCUGUUAUUGUAUAUAAUACUAAAUGAUAAGGUUGUAGUGGUAUUGAAAGAUGUUCCUUAUAAUCUGUUUCUGACAUUAACAAACAGAAGGGGAUCAAAAUAUUGGCAAAAUCUCUCAAAAGUAUGUACUCCCGCCACAACUUUAGCACCUUUUGUAAAGAACAGUUGUCACCAGUUUUAUCAUGUCAAUAAAAACUUAAAGCUCCUGUGAGGAACUUUUGGUUUUGGCAAUUUUGGUACCCCCUGUGGACAAAGAGUUUUUACUUAUCUUGUCUGCUACAUGCCUGAGUAUUGAUAUAUGACAACAAAUCUCAUCCUGAUGACUUUUGACAGUCAGAUUGAUCAUUUAUUGUGAAUAUGAUUAUUGUACAAACACAGCAAAGCCUGGACCUACCCCUCACACCAGUUUCAGACCAGUGUUGUUUUCGUUGACGAAAAUAUUUCGUCAUCAUCAACAAAAACAACACUGCAGAAUAUAUAUUUAGCGUUUGACCGACGAAAUGCUUCAUGAACGUUUUCAUCUAGUCUCGUCAACGUAAACGCACAUUCGUCUCGUCACAUUUUAGUCAUCUAAGACUUAUGUUUAGCUCAUCAACGUCACGUCUUCGUUUUGGAAAAAAAGCGGCAUGAAAACAACACUGUUUCAGACAAUAUACAAAUAGGGUUAAAUAGGGUUAAAAAAAAAAUUCAGUCUAGUCACUUCUAGUCUUGUUUGCUUUUUAUUUAUCAUUAAAAGGCAUCAACAUUGUCAAUUUCAUCACACUGGGAUAAAUAAAGGUUUAUCUUAGUUUAUCAUGAAUUUCAAUCAAUAUUUAAGUAAAUGUACUUUAAAAUAAAAGAAAUCCUCAUAGGAGCGGUAAUAUGCUAAAGAUUUGUAAAAGAAGAAUUCAUAGAGUUGUAGUUUUUAUUUCUGUUAGAUUUUUAAAGGCGUUAACUAUGUUAUGGCAAACAGUGUAUACAAGUCUAGUUAGGUAUAUUGAAGGAAGGACUUAAGUGUGGUAGGUACAUCACGGCUUUCAUUCAAACAAGUCUGCUGUACUGUUAUUCUGUGUUUCAGAAAGUAAACAUGUUUGUUAUGGUUCAUCUGCUCUAAGAGUGUUAUUCUCUCCUGGGGAAUGAGCUCAAGAAGAAACCAUCAACAGUCACUGAAAGUGGCAUUUAACUGUGAAUUUUGGGAAAAUGACAAACAUGCUGUUUUUCCAAAAUACAAUACACUAUUAUUGAGAUGCAACUUGCAGAUGUUGGUGGAGUUAAACUCUAAGAUUCGAUCAACCCUUCCUGGUCUAUAAACAAGUUUUUGACCGACAUGCACUAACCGUACACAGCAAACUACACUGUGUUGUCUUAGGUACAGGUACAUGUAGAAAGUUAACCCCAGUUUUUGUCUGUGGUUUGAUAUUUUUGCAGGAGAGCCCUCUUAAGGGUGUUGCUUUGUGUCAAACAUGACAAGCUGCGUGUACAAUGUGGAAUCAGACACAAAGGGGAAGGUCAUGCUUGAAAAAAGCUGUUGCAGAAUUAGGGUUCCGUGGUUCACUUUGUACGAGUGUCACAGUUUGAUUAGGAAGGGGAUGAUGGGAAUGCAAGCAGUCACAAUGAGGACCCUGUGACGUCCUACUAUAUCCGGAUAAUUACGAGGUAGCUUCAAGGCUCUAUAGGAUUAAGAUGACUUGUAAGGACAGAAGCUAAUUUUAGCAGGCAUAAAACAGUUUUAGGAACACUGUGUCCCAUUAAAUACUGCUUAUAAGUCGAUUGUGUGUGAUUGUGUGCUGCUAGUCAUCGGAAUGAUAACAGGUGUGGUACAAAGUAUUGUUAGGGAACAGGAAAUCUAUACAAUAUUUGGAAAACAUCUCAGAAGUUUUUGGUUGUAUUUGUUACUUUUAGUCGCACAGAUAGACAGUCAUGUUAUCUCUUGACAAAAAAAAAAUGAAAAGACAAGAAAAAAUCCAGAGCCAUCAGUUUCAGGUUACUAAACAACAGUGUUUCUUUAGGUAUUCACACACUUGAGUUAUAGUUCUCUCCCAAAGUAGAAUCAAGACUUGUCACUCAGACCCUCCUUGGUUUUAGACGUCUGUGUCCCACUAUCCUAAUUUUUCAUCUUUCUUGUCUUGUCCAUUCUCUAGAACAUGGUCAAAAGUUUCCGGGUCUCAGACCUGCAGACGCUGCUGGCCUCAAUGGGUCGCAGCAAAAGUGGUCUGAAACAGGACCUGGUGGGGCGAGCACUGAGGCUAGUGCAGACCGAAUACAGCCCAGAGCUCCUAAAGAACGUCAGACAGCUCUAUGAGUCGCGCUUCCCAAAAACAUCUGGCUGGCUCGCGGCACGGCGCCCAGAGGGCGUCCCAGUCGCCUACUCAUCCCUCAACUCCUCUCCCAAUGCCACCUCUCAGGGCGCAGACUACCUCAAUGGCAUUUCCAAACCCAUCCCUGCACCUGCAGCAGAGGUCAAGCUUGUACCACUGCCCUUCUACCAAACAUUGGAGACGCUGCUGCCACCAACAGAGCUAAGUGAGUGUACACAGUGUGUCUCAUCUUUAAACUGUUACAGGAAAUAUAUUUUACCUCAAAUCAAUCACUGACUCACGUCAUUGCUGUCUAAUUGAUGGAUUUUUCUGCUUUUUUAGUUGCCCAGAACAAUGAAAAACUGCAGGACAGUCAGUGCAUAUUUGAGUUAACACCGAACCAAGCGGACCAGAUCCGAAAUGCAAGGUUAGAAAAUCAAAAUUCCUCCAAAGAUUUCCGGUGUUUUUGUGAAUCAAGUUGAAUGCAAACAUUGUAACGUUUUUUGUUUUUGUGUUACCUUUUAAUUUUUUAGUGAGCUUCGUCCUGGAAUCAGAUCUAUCCAAGUGGUUCUAAGGUAAGUUGUUGCCAAUUCCUAUGAAGAAUUCAUAUUGAGUUCACAGUCCCUCUGCCAUACACUGGUUUACUGUACUUUUGACUGGGAUGUCACUUAAAAACGUUGCUCAAAAACAAAUAAAUGUAAAGAAAUAUCAAGUGAAUACCUUUAUCGUCCUGCCUCUACAAGUAUGUUGACCUGCACAUGCUGUUUAUCUUGACCUGUUGAAUCUCCCAGGGACUCACUAAAAUCACUAUCUUCGGGUCUGCACUACAUUUAAAAGCUUUUAACACUGAUAUCAGCCUUUCUCAUGAUGCGAAGUUUUCUCUCAUUUUCAUCUUUCUCUCUCUCUCGUUUGCAGAAUCUGUUACACAGACUCCAUUGGUGUCCAGGAGGACCAGUAUCCUCCCAACAUUGCUGUCAAAGUCAACCAGUCCUACUGUCACGUACCAGUGAGUUUAUUAAAUUAAGACAAGCGACACCUUCAGAACACUGGCAUGGCCGGCUCUUCUCUCUGCUCUCAUUCCUGCAGUCAUUACUCUAAGCUGUUUGUUUUCCAAUGAGGUCAAUUAGUCAGGGGUUUGAGUGUCAGUGUCAGACUCACCGCCGCUUCACAGCCAAACUGGUGUCAUAAUAUAUAGCAGCGAUGGCUUAGCUAACCUUAUGCAGGUGGCUGCAAGUAAGGCAGCGUUGUUUAGCCAUCCUGGAAACAUCAACUCACUAGGAUGGGAAUUCCUCCAGCUGGCAGCAUCUACGAGGCUUAAAGGUUAACGUUGUGUCACACGUUCAAGCGCUAGCAUGGAGCUUAACAUCCUAGAGGACCAUUUCCUGCUAGUGCACGAGGUGUGCCGCCACAAUGUCAAAGCCAGAUCAAAGAGUGAAAAAGCCGUAAUUGGAGAGAAAGUGAGAGUUUUCUAACUUUUGGUUGAGAAAGUCUCUUUUUAAAAAGCUAUAAUUUAACAACAACCACAUUAAGAAUCACAAGAUACCAUGCAUAGUAUACAGUAUAUGUGGCCUCCUGAUUGCAUAAUUUGUUUGAGACUCACAAAUAUAUGGUAUAUUGUAAAUUUUUACAAGCGUAUUGCAAUUGUCUUUUCAUUUUCUCAUUUGGUGCUUCACAGUUGUAAAUAUAUUAGCACAAUAAUUAACCUCAACAACCUGAUAACUAGCUAAUCUUUUAACUGUAUUUAAGCCAAUAAGAGGAAACCCGAUGCCUGUCCUUGUAACAAAGGGAUUAAUUUAUGAUUUGAUAUCGUACUUUCUCCUUUGGUGUUCAUGUGUAUUUUUUCUUGAUGUUUAUAGGGCUACUACCCCUCCAAUAAGCCUGGUGUUGAACCCCGCCGUCCUUGUCGUCCUGUUAACAUCACUCCCUGGUUGCAUCUCUCAAAUGUCACCAACAGAGUCACUAUCACCUGGGGCAACUUUGGCAAGGUCAGAAUUCAAAGCUGAUUCUGGUUUUCUAGUUAAGUUUAGGGUCUGUGUGGCAAGCGAGGCAGCGCAGACUCAUCUUCGACUCUGCAUAUCUGUCCAGCUCCUCCUGGCAGAUGCCACAGUUCACUAACACAAGCAGGGGCAUGUCGUUUUUUGAGUCAUGGGCCCCACUCAGGUGUGUGUGGCAUAGCUCAAAAAGGAAACUCCUAAUGGCCAAGAGGUGAACUACUUAAGCUAACCUCUUAAAUGAUGUCUCCACAAUUGUGAUCCGGAUAAGCAGCUGGAAGCCUGAUAAACACCUUUAAUCCUGUUAGCAACCUCAUCUUUAGAUCUCUUGUGUAAACCAAAUAGCAAUAAGUAACAUGCAAGUUUGAAGUAAUCACAACGAGUAACAUUUCUUUUGAAUGCUACACUUAUUGUAUGUGUGGUGAAGUUUUGAGAAAGCCCCGAGUACAGGGAAUCUUGUGUCGGAGAUACUUGAAAUCUAGGGAAAUAUAUUCUGCAUCGCAGCUUUCAUUCUGUUAUUUUGUUGGAUAUUUUGUAAACUGGUCUAUGCUGUUGAAUGUAAUGUUCAUAUAGGAGUAUGAUUUAUGAAAACAGUUGAAACUGAAGUGUAACAGCAUCCUUUUAUCCACAGUGGGGUCAAAACUCAGCAGUUGUAAACACAGAUACAUGCCAUACUAGAGCACGCCUCACAUUUGUCGGUGAUAAGAGGCAAACUAAAAGGUUGAGUUUUUUUCUUUAUUAUAGUGGAACCAAAAAAAAAAAACCGAUUGCUUAGCAUGCCAAAUUGGUUUGACCUUGUGGUUAGCCAACAAGAGAGGGUAUAAUAUUCCAUCAUCAUCAUCUCGGAUUUUGUGUAGCACAGAGACUGUCAACAAAAAAUCAAUACGUUUAAUGGUGUACAGUCAGGGUUAUGGGAAUAAAGGUAGAGAAGAAAUGACCUACAUUUGGUUUCCCUGAAAUGUUACUCCUGCAACUGCCUCCUAUAAUUUAAGAGAAGGAUUUUCAGUAUGAAGUGUAUUUGUUAAACCAUCACGGGUCCAGAUCAACCCUCUUCUCUUCGUUUUAAACCUUUUUUUUACACCUUUUAUUGUGAAAAAUUCAAGAUUUCACCACCUUUAUGAAUCAUACUUUUUAAAGUGACUUUGAUGUUAAUAUAGUGAGGUUUUUACUCUUCUAAACCAAGUGCUCAUUAUGUGUAAAUGGUCUUUUUCAGCGGUAUUCUGUGGCUGUGUAUUUGGUUCGGGUGUUCACUGCAGCAGACCUCUUCAGCCAGCUCAAACUCUGCUCUGUCGAGAGCGCAGAGCGCUGUCGUGAGCGCAGUAAGUAGUGCUUUGCAAAUGAUAUAUUUUUUGCAAACUAACCCUUUAAAUCUAGGACAGUUACUACACUAUUUUAGUACUGAAGGACUGUGUGUUUUACUUUUGUAAAUCAUGAUACAUAUUGUAUUGUGUCAUGACACUGAAUGAGAUUGUGUCUGCUGUUCUUAGUUCAAGACAAACUACGUUUUGAUCCAGAGAGUGAAAUUGCGACCACAGGCCUCCGGGUUUCUCUCAUCUGUCCAGUGAGUAAAUCUUUAUAAGACCUAACAUGAACCGAAGCCAAGUUGCAUUGAUGUUUUCUCCUGAUUUGAAGCACGACUUCAUUAGCAUCCUCCUCUUCCUCUCAUUCCCAGCUGGUUAAGAUGCGACUCGGUGUGCCAUGUCGAGUCCUGACUUGUGCCCACCUUCAGUGUUUCGACGCAGUCUUCUUCCUACAGAUGAACGAGAAGAAGCCCACAUGGACCUGCCCUGUCUGUGACAAGCCCGCUCCCUUUGAGCUGCUCACUAUCGAUGGGUAAGGAGACAGGAGCGUGUGCGGACUCGUCCUGCUGCUGUAGCCCCAUCGUCCUUUUCAUAGCUGAAAUGUCUAGACUAGUCUAAUACAAGCAGUGCAAAUAUUUAUAACCAUAAUUUGAAAAGCAUAAAUUUCACAAAUAGUUUGAUAUGAUGAUUAUCCACUUCGUGUUUCUGCUAUCAGGUUGUUUUUUAAAUUUUCUGAUCCACUAAAUCAGCUUGUUUGACACUUUGCUCCACUUGAUGUAAUACGCCUAUAACAGAGAUAACCCUGUAAUCAGUCGACUCAAGGUUCAGUUUAUUUUUUACAGCACUUAUUGUCCUAAGUGACUCAAGACACCUACAGUAAUUUGAUGACACUAUGAAGUGCUCUAUUUGGCCGUAGGUGCUAUAAUCAGUCUGCGGUGUUUCCAGUUGGGAAGACUUUGUUUGAAAACAGGUCGUCUGUUCUCAGUGCGAACAACAGAUCUGAAAACUUUGGCAUUAGUUGAGCACAAACAAGCUUCAAGUUAAUUUUUUAUAAAAAGAAUAAGAGGAAGUCUUUUUCAUUUAGAAGUAUUUGGGGGGUAGUUUCAGUCAUUUACUUUCACAAAGACUGACAGAAUUGUGUGUGGGGUUAUCACAAAAUUUGUGUUCAGAUUAUGUAAAUAUUGUCAACAUGGUGGCGAAGCAAUUUGCUGUGUUUUGAGAGUCAACUCUAACCAGCAGCAUGUUUUCCAGGCUGCUAUCUGAGAUUCUGUCCGAGACGAGUGAAGACAUCGAAGAGAUUGAGUACUUAACCGACGGCUCGUGGCGACCAAUCAGAGACGAGAAGGAGAGGGACAGAGAAAGAGAACGCAGCAACACGCCGGAGUAUCCUGUUGUUGAUAUAUGUGAGUGCCAAACCCUGACAGCUUAACCACUUGUUCUUAGUGUGUGUGUGAUUUGUCUUUUUCAUGCGCUGGAAUCCUUUUCGAUCAAUUUUAAAACGACUUGUAUGUCUGCAGGCAUUCCUGAAGCAAACGGUCACUCACCCGCCCACAGCAGCACCAGCCUGACGGGCAAAUCUGGAAGCGGAUCGGUGGGGAUGGGAGGAGUUGCAGGUGGACCCGGCGUGGCACCGGGAGGAGGCGCAGUGGUAGAUCUGACUCUUGACUCCUCCUCUGAGGAGGAAGGGGGUGGGGCAGGGGGAGACAGUGAGGACACUGAGGACAGCGCUGACAGUCCCGCCCCAAAGAGGGGCCGAUACAACUACGACAAGGACCUGGUCACUGCCUACUGACCCCGCGGCUCUGUCCCCUCAUAGACUGACACACACACACAGAGACAGAGAGGCAGGGGGCUCAACACUCGAAGACAGGAACCCAGUAACACACUAGAUGCAACAAUCCUCCCAUACGCGCCAAACGUCAGAGCCUUUUAGCAGCUCUGAGUAAUUUCCAGACAAAACAAAAACACAAACAUGCACUGUUAACGAAUCUUCAAUCUAGAGCGAUUAGGAUUCCUCUUCGUACUGUACACCACUGGAAGCAACUCUAGCUCUUUUGGCCAACUGUCACCUUGCCGUGAAUACCUGUAUCGUCCUGCCUCUACUAGAGAGACAUAACGGAGUGAGCACCCCACCAUCACAAUUACCACUCCCUCUCCCUUCUCUCUCUCUCCAGACUUUCCCUCUCCACCACUGCAUCUCUUUGUAUUUGACUCAGAACUUCAGGCUCUUUUAGCCGUGGGCGUUAAAUGUUUGUGUCGCUGAAUUUUUGUCACGUUUGUGAUGAACAUGCAAGUUAAAAAUGGCGGCUCCUCAGUAGUUUCUGGUAAAGGUUAACAACAACUACUAAUAUAAAAAGAGCAGCAAUGUAGAGGGAUGACAAGGUAGAGAUACCAGGAGUGUAAUGCGGAUCUAAACUUCUCCCAUUGUGAUGAUGUUUCUUUGUUCAGAAAGUGAAUUCAAGCUUGAAAGGGUUUUUCAGGAAUUUAUCCUUUUAAUAUUGAAAAAGCAGAACACUAUACUGGCCUCAACGUGUGAUGCUUUCCAUUUUUAUUUUGUCCUUAGAUAAAGAGAACCUACCUCAGUCAUAAAAAAUGAGAAGACUGACCAGAGACCAGCUUAGGACAGCAGAGGACAGAAGAAUUAAAGAGUCUUUUUGAAGCCAAUUUUUACACUGGAGAUUUUGUUGUUAAUACAUUUUAUUUGUGCUGGUUUGUGUUAUUUUAAAUUCCAUCCUUCCAUUGAGCUUUCUUCCUUCUACAGCAUGAUUAAAAAGGUUGAACAUUGAGUUAGUUUGUGGAAAACAAAGCUGUAGGUAUCAGUAAUGCGAAAGCCGUGGCUGUAACUCAGCCUCUCUUAGAAUUACCGCUGAAAUUUGCUGUCCGAUGUUUUAAGGGGUUGUAUGAUCAGAAUAACUCAUCAAAGUUAUAAAAUGGCGGAGUGCCAAAGCAGUUUUUAAGAAUGAAAGAAUAUUGUUGGGUUUUUUCUUUCCUUCUUUUUUAUUUUUUAGAUUUUGGUGCCUUUUUUGUUGGGGAGUAAAGAUUGGAGAUUGUUGUUUUAAGGCUAGUUUAGCUGGCCAGCAGACCCCAGCCUGAGAGAAUAAGUUUCAUUUAGUUCAACAUUUUCCAAGAAAAAGACAGAAAAAAAGACAAAUAACUCAAGUAAGGGGCGGUUACAGGGCAGGAUUCAGAAUUGCUAAUACAUUUGUAUCCUUUCAAAGACUCCUAAUAACUUUAUUUCUUCACAUUUGCUCAACAGUUUGUUCUCAAAACCUACAUAACAUUUGACCGAAGCUCUGUACAAGCUGGAGCUGUUAGUUUCUGUUAAGUAGGACACCUCUGCUGCUGUGGUUUGCUUAAGUUACGAUUGGUCUGGACUUCUGGCUGUGCUGUUGAUGAAUUCUUUUUUUCCCUCUCCUGCGGGUGGAUCCAACCUCGGUCAGAGCAGUGUUCAUAGUACUCUGCUACAGUGGGUUCAACGUGUGUGACAGGAAGAAACUUAAUGAAGUGUCAAUGAGUGCAACCCCACCUAGCUUAAAGUCAUUGAUUGGAUUACAAAUGGUCCUGUCUGGAACAAGUACAGCUGCUCCACCAGCAAUCCCCCUCGGCCUCCUUUCGGUGUAGAUAAGGUCACGUCUAUUUGCUGGAAUAGAAUUGGGCGUUUAUUGCUCCAUGCUGUAGACUCACAAAUUCAUAUUCCUCUGCACCUGCACUAGUAUUGUCAGUUUGUGAUGGCUGCUCCUCAGAUAAGGAUACUCAUGCUGGUAGGUCUUAAGUGUUUUCUUCAAGAUGAGACGAGGUGUUCCUGUGUUGCUAGAGCUCUUUGCACUUUCAUCUGAUUCUUCAUCUUGAGUUCAUGGCCUAUUUAUUUUAAAAAGCCCUAGCCGCUGUGAUCAGUUCUCCGUAACUAUCUCAUGCAAGGGAAAAUGUGAAACUAGAAAAGAAACCGAUGUGUUCUGCAUUUGUAUGCUUUCCUCUCUUAUUGUCCUCCUUGAAGCGGUUUGAUCAGCGCAGACUCUGGUUCUUCUUAGACUCAGAUGCACAGAGCAGGAACAUUUUCACAUUGAUCCAUCCUUGUAUGAAGUCAAAGAUAGAGUUAAAUGUGGUCUUCCAUUGUUUCCCUCCUCUUGACACUUUGACACGAGUUACAAAAUCAAUAUACUGAUGAAAAAUGGCUGAUUAUUCACACAAAUAGAUUGAUAGCACUUUGGCUGUAAUACAUCAGAGUCUGUCCCUGAAAUGGAUCCUGAGUAUGAGGUGCUUUCAAGCAAAAUAAUGUAAAGAUCUGCAUUUUGUAUUUGUAAGUAACAGCUAUAGGUAUAAAAAUGACAUUGUUUAUUCGUUGAUAGGUAUAGAAGGUCAUUAUUUGAUAUCCAAACUUUUCAACCUUAUGGUAAAAGGUGAGAGGAUGUGUGGGUUGCUUCUGUGGAUCUGAGCCAGAGGAGCGAGCAGGUUGUCUGGGAGCUGGAGAGAGCUGAGGGUCUGGUCUUUUUGUAGUGGCAUCUCUUAUAACAAUGCAUAAGGUAGCAUGGACAGAGGCUUACAAUCCAUAAUGUAAAUGUUUUGUUUGUUGUGUUUUUUUAUAUGUUCAUAUUAAAAGACAAUAAAAUUUAAAUAAUAUUUUAUUAAGCCUUGAAUCGCCUCCAGUUUUCCUAUAGGCAAACAGACAAUAAGAAGCUGUUGAGGGCAGCAGCACCUGAAGCUGAAGCCUCAGAGGACUGGGAGGACUGGUUAAAGGUGGAGAUGUUAUGUCCUGUACCAAAUGCUCAGUUCUGGGGACACAUUUGAUGCCUGUUGAGGAUAAAACUGUAAAAUUUGAAAAUGAUCGUAUCCUAACAGCUGUUAUUGACGUGUGAAGUUAAUUAAAAUCAGUUCUUAAAAAAAAAAA